UUGUUGGCUAGACAUCGCGAGUGAAAGACGUGCGUACGGUUGCUGGAAUUUCGUUGAUGGCAUUUUCUUCACGGUGAAUCAAAAAUUUCCAGUGCAUUGAAUGAAAGUGUGAAUAAAUUGCCGAUUAAACGUUAAAUGAGGGAUGUUUGCAAAUAAAACCAAUUUGAAGAAGAAGGAUGUAAACUAAAAAGUAAAAGAGGCAAGUGAAAAAGGUUAAAAGUGUAUUUUUGCGUAGUGAACGGAAAUUGGAAAAGUGUUGGCUGUCAAGGAUUGUGAAUGAUAUUUGAUUGUAACAAAGUGUAAACUGAAAACAGAAAAACGACAUAAAUUUACAUCGGAUGCAAAACAGAAAGUGAAUUGGUUAUCAUUACCAAAAAAAAAAUAAAUAAAUAAAUAAUAAUAAAACUACCAAGAGAAACCUAAGCAAACUAGUGAAGAAAAUAAAAGAAAAUCGUGCAUGGAAAGUAAGAAUAUAUUUUUUCAAAUAUAAAAUAUUAAAAAUAUAAAAAAAAUUGGUUAUAAAAAGUGUACUUUUUUUAUGUAAAAUAAUGAUAAUAUAUAAAAAAGUGUUUGUAUAAAGUCAUUGCAAACAAAAUUUUAAAAAAAUAUUUCAAAAAUAUUUUGGAAAUAAAAUAUAUUUACAAUAGAGCAUCAACUAAAGAGCAAACAAAUCAUAACCAAGCGGAAGUGCACUCAUAUAAAGUUCAACGUAAGUGAGAGUGUGAAUAGUGAAUUGAAAAAAAAGUGCUGAGUGUAAAUUGUGAAUUGGAAAAUGUAUUGAGUUCACACGUUUGUAAUCAUAAAUUCUGAAACUAACAGUGAAAUUAGUCCGAACACAACGCUAGCAUGGAGGACGAACUACGCUGCCCGACAUGCAAACAACUUUUCGCGAAUCCGGUGCUGUUGCCCUGUUUCCACGCCCUCUGCUUGGGCUGUGCACUUGACAUACAGACUACGUACACACCCGCUGCGGCCUUGGCUGCUGCCAACAGUGCCAGUGUUGGCCACGUCUCGAACGGCAAUAUCAACGGCGGCUGCCUAAUACAUUCCCAUCCAUUGCAUGGCGGCACAGCAGCAACUCAUGGUAAUAGCAUAACCACAACAGCUACGGUACACUCGCAUGCUGCAGUAGCGCCACCAUCACAUCCACCAUCGACACGUCACUCAUCGAACAGUUCGGCCGCCAGCACCGCCAGCUCGGCUACAGGUAGCGAAAGUGUUACUUCCGAUCAGGAUCAGGCGGAUAAGGUGAGCAUUCUGAGUGAAGCCGACUCGGGGGUGGUUUGCUGUUCGAACACAUCACGUCCGGUUUCGUACGCCGGCACUGCACAGUUACAAGGUUUGCUGCAGGGUGCUGCUGCUGCGCCACCAGGUGCUGCUUUCUACUUAACUUGUCCGCUCUGUCGGAAGCUGGUGUUCUUUGAUGAGGGUGGUGUGCGUAAUCUACCCGCCUAUCGUACCAUGGAAUCAAUUGUUGAUCGUUUUUGUGCACGCGAGGCGUUACGCUGUCAAAUGUGCGAAACCGAUCCAAAGGUCGCAUCGAUUGUGUGUGAGCAAUGCGAAAUACGCUAUUGCGAUGCAUGUCGCGAGCUAUGCCAUCCAGCACGUGGCCCGCUGGCCAAACAUAAUUUGGUGAAACCGCGUAAUGCAGCAUCGCAACGAGAGUCUGUGUGCGGCGAACACGGCGAUACAUUAUCAAUGUACUGCUUUGUGUGCAAAAUGCCCGCCUGUCCACAGUGUAUCGCCGAAAAGCAACAUCCAGGACAUGAGGUGCAAUCCAUCAGCGUCACUUGCAAGGCACAAAAGACGGAACUCUCACAUAAUUUGCAGCAGUUGUCGGAGAAGGCACGUUCCACCACGGAAUUCAUACAGCGAUUAAAAGGCAUGAGUGACAAAGUGACGGAGUCUUGCAUGGAGUUCGAAAGAUUGGUGACGGCACAAUGCGAAGCCUUAAUACAAGCAAUACACGACCGACGUGAAUAUCUACUCGAGGCUAUACGCAUGGAUAAGGACACGAAAAUCAGAAUAUUAAAGGAUCAGCAAUCAAAUUGCACGGGCAAGUUGCAACAAACCACUGGACUUAUACAAUUCUGCAUUGAGGCGUUGAAAGAGACCGACAGCGCAGCGUUUCUACAAGUCGGCUCCAUGUUGAUUAAUCGCGUGGCCAAUACGGACAUGACCUGGCAUCAGGAGGUGACAAAUGCCGCUCCGCGUGUCUCGCCAAUUGUGGAUCUGACGUUGGACGAUGCUGCCCUGGUGCGCGCCAUUGAUAAUUUGAAUUUUAUGCAGAUGAAAGCUGUCAAAGAUGGAGAAGAGCGAUUACCAGCAGCGCCCUUAGCGCCAACCAUUGUUCCGGAGGAUUGUUCGGCAGAAAAUAAUUCGGUUACCGUGGCGUGGCAAGCACCAGCCCACUCCAUCGUUGAUGGCUAUGUACUGGAGUUGGACGAUGGCAGCGGUGGCGAGUUUCGGGAGGUGUACUGCGGCAAAGAAACAAUUUGCACCGUGGACGGGCUCCACUUCAAUUCCAUGUACAAUGCGCGCGUCAAGGCAUUCAACAAUGCGGGCGAGGGCGAAUAUUCCGAACUCAUUGGAUUGCAAACGGCGGAAGUUGCCUGGUUCACAUUUGAUCCGAUCCUGAGUGGUGGCGCCGGCUCCGGACUGGUUUUUAGCAACAAUAAUGCCACAGUAUCGGUGGAGGGUUGGGAGCACCGGGUGGCUUUGGGUUCGGUUGGAUUCUCGCGCGGCAUCCACUACUGGGAAUUCACCGUUGACAAGUAUACAAUGGAUACGGAUCCAGCGUUCGGUGUGGCGCGCAUCGAUGUCAAUCGCAACAAAAUGCUGGGCAAAGACGAAAAAUCAUUUGCCAUGUACAUUGACGGACAGCGCUCAUGGUUUCAGCAUAAUUCCGUGCACGAGCGACGCGUCGAGGGUGGUAUAACCACUGGUAGCACCAUUGGCGUGCUACUCGAUCUAGAACGACAUACUUUAAGUUUUCUCGUCAAUGAAAUGCCACAAGGUUCCGUGGCAUUCCGCGAUCUCUACGGUGUCUUCUACCCGGCCGUGAGCAUUAAUCGCGGCGUGACACUGACCUUACACACCGCCAUGGAGGCGCCGAAAAUGGACUACUUCUGAGUAAGAUUGAAUAAGAUGCGUUGCAAUCCGAGAGAAUGAACCGAAGUGACCGCAGUGUUGGGAAGUAGGAGAAGUGCAACGCUUAGGCGCGCUUCAGCUGUCUUGUAAAUAUUUCGUAUUUAAGCGCAACUUGAAGAACUAGCAAUGCAUAUACAUACGAGUACAUACCUAGGCGUCUACUUACACGUUUUUAAAUGUAUUUAUAGGUUUAAUUAGCAUAUUAAUUUUUAUGUAAUUCGAUUUGUAAGUAGCAUAAAUGGGUCGCUGACACAUA